CUGGUUAAUUACCAUCCCAGAUACUUGGGAGAGGAUGAGCAGCCUACGAGGGAGGAGCCUUUUCGACUGUGCUGCGACUUGCGCUUCAUUUUUACCUUCUAAAAUCAAGCCGGGAAAGAAUGUACCGAUCGUUGCUGUUUGUUUCUCUAAUAUCGUGUAUUUUUUAGCGUUUCAACUGGAUGUGCAUUUUACAUUAAGCUGUUGUGGAGACAAUACUGGCCUGAAAAACAGAAAGUCUUUUUCUUUAAUAUGACUAAGGCUGCGUAAAGUUUGGACUGGAAAUGACGACGAAAGACAUCGCAGAUAUAAACAGAUGAACCGAUGAAAUUUGUUAAUCGCUGCUUAGUUUAAACAAGUCUGAUCGACUUUGUUUUGAUAAUAAUAAUGGCCACGUUUGGAGACGACGUGCCCAGCACGCUGGGAUCCGGGGAUGGGGGAUCGGAUAACAUCAUGGACUGUCAGGGAUCGGCAAUGCCUCCAGGUGGGAUGGAGACACUUAAGCAAGCCAAAGCCAAAGCCCAGAGAGCCCGCACCAUGGCCCUGUACAACCCAGUACCUGUCAGACAGAACUGUUUAACCGUCAACAGAUCCCUCUUCAUCUUCGCGGAAAACAACAUAAUUAGAAAAUACGCAAGGAAGAUUAUAGAAUGGCCUCCGUUUGAGUACAUGAUCCUGGCCACUAUCAUUGCUAACUGCAUCGUUCUGGCACUGGAGCAGCAUUUGCCCGGAGAGGACAAAACCCCCAUGUCAAAGAGACUGGAAAAAACAGAGCCCUACUUCAUUGGGAUCUUCUGCUUUGAAGCGGGGAUCAAGCUUGUGGCUUUGGGAUUUGUGUUCCACAAGGGCUCCUACCUGAGGAAUGGCUGGAAUGUCAUGGACUUCAUUGUGGUGCUCAGUGGGAUUUUGGCUACUGCAGGGGCACAUAUGAACAUCCCUGUGGACCUGCGGACCCUCAGGGCGGUACGAGUCCUCAGGCCCCUCAAACUUGUUUCUGGGAUCCCUAGCUUGCAGAUAGUCCUGAAGUCUAUAAUCAAGGCCAUGGUGCCACUGCUGCAGAUCGGUCUCCUGCUCUUCUUUGCCAUCCUCAUGUUUGCGAUCAUUGGCCUGGAGUUCUAUAGCGGGAAGCUGCAUCACACCUGUGUUCCCUCACAAAACAUUCUCGAUUUCAUAUCACUUCCACUUCAAGGACAAAACUUCCUUUUUACAGAGAAUGAGACGGUGGAUUCCUCAGAAAUAGAAUUUGCCUGUGGAGUAAGGAAGUGUCCAGACAAGUAUGACUGUAUCGGCACCUGGAUUGGACCGAAUGAUGGCAUCACCCAGUUUGACAACAUCUUGUUCGCUGUGCUGACUGUUUUUCAGUGCAUCACAAUGGAGGGUUGGACUGCAGUCCUCUACAAUACAAACGAUGCCCUUGGCCCCACAUGGAAUUGGAUUUAUUUUAUUCCUCUCAUAAUAAUUGGCUCAUUCUUUGUGCUGAAUCUGGUUUUGGGAGUCCUGUCAGGAGAAUUUGCCAAAGAGAGGGAAAGAGUGGAGAAUCGCAGGGCCUUUAUGAAGCUCCGCAGACAACAGCAAGUGGAGAGGGAGCUGAAUGGUUACCGUGCUUGGAUCGACCGUGCAGAAGAGGUAAUGCUAGCAGAGGAGAACAAAAAUUCUGGAACUUCUGCUUUAGAUGUGCUGAAGAGAGCCACCAGCAAGAAGAGUCGCAUGGAAGCAGGCCGGCGUGGCCCGGGGGAGGGCAAGUAUGCUGACAUGAGUGGUCCCAGAGCGCGGGUGAACAUCAGGAGCGCCAGGCGGGGCCCCGCAGCUUACUUCCGUCGCAAGGAGCGCAUGCUGCGCAUCUCGAUUCGCCGCAUGGUGAAGACGCAUACUUUCUAUUGGACUGUGCUCAGCCUGGUGGCCCUCAACACGAUCUGCGUUGCCAUUGUGCACCAUAAUCAGCCAGAGUGGCUGUCCAUCUUCCUGUACUAUGCAGAAUUUGUCUUUCUGGGUCUGUUUCUUAUGGAGAUGUUCUUAAAGAUGUAUGGUCUGGGACCCAGGCUUUACUUCCACUCAUCCUUUAACUGCUUUGACUGUGGAGUGAUUGUCGGGAGCAUAUUCGAGGUGGUGUGGGGCUUCUUCCGACCUGGCAUGUCCUUUGGAAUCAGUGUCCUGCGAGCUCUGCGCCUGCUCAGAAUCUUCAAGAUCACUAAAUACUGGGCAUCUCUGAGGAACCUGGUUGUAUCCCUGAUGAGUUCCAUGAAGUCCAUUAUCAGCCUGUUGUUCCUGCUCUUUCUCUUCAUAGUGGUCUUUGCACUGCUGGGUAUGCAGCUGUUUGGUGGAAGGUUCAUAUUUGAAGAUUACACCCCUACAAAUUUUGAUACAUUUCCAGCAGCAAUUAUGACUGUAUUUCAGAUCCUGACUGGUGAAGACUGGAAUGAGGUCAUGUACAAUGGGAUUCGCUCUCAAGGUGGUGUACAGUCAGGAAUGUGGUCGUCUAUAUACUUCAUUGUGCUCACACUGUUUGGAAACUACACGCUGCUCAAUGUGUUUUUGGCCAUCGCCGUGGAUAACCUUGCCAAUGCUCAGGAGCUGACAAAGGAGGAAGAGGAAGAAGAGCAGAUUUUCAAUCAGAAACAUGCUCUGCAGAAAGCCAAGGAGGUCGGUCCGAUGUCCUCCCUGAUGUCAGACAGGAGGAGGCGGCCAUACCUGUACAGGAAGCGGGCCAUUCACAGAAGCCGUCCUGCCUAUGUUGCCGAGACAGAGGCGGAGGACCAGGCUGACGGGGGAGACGAGCAGCAGUACAAUGCCUCUAACUCUAUAGUGACCAGGAGAGACAGGAGGAAACGGAUAUCCAUGUCGGUGUGGGAACAGAGAGCCAACCAGCUGCGCAAACGCAGGCAGAUGGCCAGCCGGGAAGUCCUGUUCAGCAGCCCCAGUGAGGAGCAGGACACCCCAGGCAGUUGCCACCAUCAGCGCAAGGCCACCUACACAUCCAGCGCCAGCUUGCGCCGGCUUCCGGAAUCCCCCGUGUCUACGGGCAUGCCUCUGCCAGAAUCGCCUAUGUCGGUGGCCAUGCCACUCCCUGAACCCCCCAUGUCCAUCCCUGAGCCCCCCAUGUCUAUCAUCCUCCCCCCACCAGACAACCCAUUAGCCAUGUCACUUCCUAACCCCUUAGAAUCAAAGUCGUUGCCUUUACCAGGGCCAGAAGAUAGGUUAGCCGUGACAAACCAUUGCCACCUGUCUCAGGAGGGCUGGAGGAGCCCCCGCUCUGGAGAGAGGCGGCAGCGGGGGGCUCGCAGGUUCCGACCACCCUCUGGGAACACCUUAGCUCCAGAGGAUGGAACACGACCCAGGAAGCAUCGGCACCGGGAGUCCCGGUCUGAUGGCAGGGCCAGAGAGGCCCACAAGGAGAGCCAUCAUGCUGCUAGCCAGGAAAGAAGGCCCCCUGAAGAGAAAGAGGAUGCAGAGGCUGAGGAAGGAGACACUCAGACAGUGAAAAAUGAGGAGCAGCAGAGGUUAAAUGAUGCCACUGGGGAAUUUUCUGCGUUUGCUGACCUCUCAGAGACUAAGCCCAUGCUGCCCUCUGCACAUGGGCUGGAGCUGGAGGAGAGCCAGAACACUAGCCCACAACUCAUGGAAGAAGCCGGCAUGGCAGUUCUAGACAUCAACAUGGCUAUGGGAGACAGUGAGAACAAUCCUACCUCCCUGAAUCGUGAGGGCUUGGAUUCUAACGCCAGUGUAGUUAUAGAGGUACCUGGGGCUCAACCACUGAUGGAGCUGACACCUAUGACAGUGAACAAUAAAGAUAUUGAGGCUGCCAAUUCUGAUAAAGAGAAAGAAGAAGAAGAGGAGGAAGAGGAAGAGGAAGUAAAGACAGUACCCAAAGCUGUGCCGCCAGAUAGCAUGUUCAUCUUUAAGGCUACUAACCCGAUACGACGGAUCUGUCACUAUGUGGUUAACCUGCGGUACUUUGAAAUGUCCAUUCUCCUGGUCAUCGUGGCCAGUAGCAUCGCCCUGGCAGCAGAAGACCCUGUAUCGACCAACUCGGAGUGGAACAAAGUUCUUCGUUACUUUGACUAUGUCUUCACAGGAGUCUUCACCUUUGAAAUGAUAAUUAAGAUGAUCGACCAGGGUCUGAUCCUGCAUGACGGCUCAUAUUUUCGUGAUCUGUGGAACAUCCUGGACUUUAUUGUGGUUAUCGGCGCUCUGAUAGCCUUUGCCCUAACGAAUUUGAUGGGGAACAACAAAGGGCGUGACAUCAAGACCAUUAAAUCUUUACGUGUGCUACGUGUCCUGCGUCCACUGAAGACGAUAAAAAGACUACCCAAAUUGAAGGCUGUGUUUGAUUGUGUGGUUACCUCCCUCAAGAAUGUAUUCAAUAUCCUCAUAGUCUACAAGCUCUUCAUGUUCAUAUUCGCCGUUAUUGCUGUGCAGCUGUUCAAAGGGAAGUUCUUCUACUGCACAGAUGGGUCUAAGGACACCCAAAAGGAGUGUCAGGGCUACUACAUUGAUUAUGAGAAGGACAAGAAGGAAGUGAAAAAGCGGGAGUGGAAGAGGCAUGAGUUCCACUAUGACAACAUUGUGUGGGCUCUGCUUACCUUGUUUACUGUGUCCACUGGAGAAGGCUGGCCACAGGUUCUGCAGCAUUCAGUAGAUGUGACAGAAGAAGACCGGGGGCCCAGCCGGGGGAACCGCAUGGAGAUGUCCAUCUUCUACGUGGUCUACUUUGUUGUUUUCCCCUUCUUCUUUGUCAACAUCUUUGUUGCCCUCAUCAUCAUCACCUUUCAGGAGCAGGGAGACAAGAUGAUGGAGGAGUGCAGCUUAGAGAAAAAUGAGAGGGCAUGCAUAGAUUUUGCCAUCAGUGCUAAACCCCUCACUCGCUACAUGCCCCAAAACAGACAGACACUCCAGUAUCGCCUGUGGCACUUUGUGGUCUCACCUUCUUUUGAGUACACAGUGCUCACCAUGAUCGCCCUCAACACCGUUGUUCUCAUGAUGAAGUACUACUCAGCACCAGCAGCAUACGACACGGUCUUGAAGCACCUGAACACUGCCUUCACUGGACUCUUUUCCCUGGAGUGCAUCCUGAAAAUUAUGGCUUUUGGCUUAUUGAACUACUUUCGAGACACUUGGAACAUUUUUGACUUUAUCACAGUCCUGGGCAGCAUCACGGAAAUUGUUGUUGACUUGCAGUCAGUGAACACCAUCAACAUGAGCUUCUUGAAGCUUUUCCGGGCAGCCAGGUUGAUCAAGCUCCUGAGACAGGGAUACACCAUCCGCAUCCUCCUCUGGACCUUUGUACAGUCUUUCAAGGCUCUUCCUUAUGUAUGUCUGCUGAUCGCCAUGCUAUUCUUUAUAUAUGCAAUUAUUGGGAUGCAGGUGUUUGGGAACAUUAAGCUGAAUGACGAAACUCACAUUAACCAGCACAACAACUUCAAGAGUUUCUUCAGUGCCCUAAUGCUGUUGUUCAGAAGUGCCACAGGAGAGUCCUGGCAAGAGAUCAUGCUGUCCUGUUUAGGGGGGCAGGAGUGUGAGCCAGACCCCACUAUUGCCCCCCCUUUCACGUCCCCAGACCACGAGGGUGGCUGCGGCACUGAGUUCGCUUAUUUCUAUUUUGUUUCCUUCAUCUUUUUCAGCUCUUUCCUAAUGCUGAACCUGUUCGUUGCCGUGAUUAUGGAUAACUUUGAGUAUCUGACACGAGAUUCCUCCAUCCUGGGCCCUCAUCAUCUGGAUGAGUUUGUGCGCAUAUGGGGGGAAUACGACCGUGCAGCAUGUGGCCGCAUCCAUUAUACUGCCAUGUAUGAGAUGUUGACCCACAUGUCGCCACCUCUAGGCCUUGGCAAGAAGUGCCCCUCCAAGAUUGCUUAUAAGCGCCUGGUGCUUAUGAACAUGCCAGUGGAUGAGGACAUGACUGUACACUUUACAUCUACUCUAAUGGCUUUAAUCAGAACUGCUCUGGAAAUCAAAAUAGCCAGAGGAGGGGAAGAUCGCGGGCAGCUUGACACAGAACUGCAGAAGGAGAUCAGUGUCAUCUGGCCUCACCUUUCUCAGAAGACCCUGGACACACUGGUGCCAGUGAGCAAACCUGACGACAUGACCAUUGGGAAGAUCUAUGCAUCGAUGAUGAUCAUGGAUUAUUACAAGCAAAGCAAAGCAAAGAAGCUGAGGCAAAAACUAGAGGAGCAGAAACCUGCUCCAAUGUUCCAGCAAAUGGAUGCAUCCACUCUUCCCCAGGACAUUCUGUCUGGCCCAUUCCUGUCCCAUAGUGCAGGAUCUGCCCUUACAAGGGGGGGCUUUGUAGCUCUCAGUCCCAUCUCCCAGGAGCUCUUCAUGCAGCCCGUGUCAUCUGACGUCGAGGAUAACGAAGGCUUCCAUGGGUACCACUCUCUGGGUGUGAUGGAUCGCAGCUCGAUGAAGAGAUCCUUUUCCACGAUCACGGACCAACGUGUCAAUGGGUUGUGGCUGGAUGAGCACUCCUUCAAGAGGGACAGCCCCGAUCGGACAUACAGACCUCGACAAAAGAGCUAUAAAGGUUCCAGGUCAGAGCACUGGCAACAAGGAGACAGGGAGCGGGGGCGGUCAAAGGAGCGGCUCCACCUGCUGUCUCCCGACGUGUCCCGCUGCAGCUCUGAGGAGCGCAGCCAGCAGCGGUCCCGCUCCCCAAGUGAGAGCCAGGCCCAUGCAGCCCACAAACAGGGCAACAGCUCAGAUAGUCCUGUCCCGUCCACAUCAGAGUCCAGCACUCCCAGCAGCCGCCGUCAUGGGCAGACACCUCCACGAGCCCGUCCCCACAUCUCUUACUCCCCGCUCGUGUGCCACACUCAUUCCUGUUCGCCUGCAGACGAUGGUGCAAGGACCCUAGAGUCCGAAUGUGUUGACACCCCCUGGGAGGAUGAAGGAGAUGAGGCCUCCGAUCUUGGGCAGAUGGCAGCAGGCAGCCACAGUUCCACACCUCACCAGUACCUGACCAUGCAGGAUGACGGCAACAACAGCCCCGACUCAGCUGGCGUGGAGGAGACGUUAACCUUUGAGGCAGCCGUGGCAACAAGCUUGGGCCGUUCCAACACCAUUAGUUCUGCUUCCCAAAUGCGACAGCGCUGGCAGGUCCCCAAUGGCCAUUUCCGGAAACGCCUGACCCAGGCAAGCUCCCUGGCAGGCUGCGAGCUCUUUGGCGAAACCAAUGAGUAGGGCUGCUGCUUGGAGCAAACAGAUUAAGAGGGGAGAGAUGUUCAGCACAUGGGUAGAAAAGCAAAAGGGAAAGUUAUUACAAAUCAGUGAAAAGUUUAACUUGGUGGACAGUGUGGCAGAUGUAUAUACAAUUUUACCCAUUUUGACGAGUCUACAAAGUCUCAGUAGAGGUAUCUCCACAGUAUUUUUCCCAGCCUAUAAUAUACUGUGUCACGAUUAACAAUAUAAAAAUGGAGACACAAUGGAAAUAAUGUACUGUGCGAAACUUUGGAAAUCUCUGUAUUCAGCCAAUUAUUCUGCAGCUUAUGGAGUGAAAAACUAAGGGCUGUAUACAAUAGCGACUAAGCUAAUUACUGACAAAUUUCCUUCAUGAUAUUGUUGGAGAAGUAACAGUUUAGAGAGGAUCAAAUGGUUGCUAAUUAAGUCUCGAGUAGGGACAGGAAUGGCAGCCUUAAGGUGGUUAAAUUAGUUCCGCACCUUAAAAUAAUUUGGGAUUUUGGUCGUCAAGAAAACGUAUAGCGUUUUCUGUAAAGGAACUUCUUUAGAAAUAUGGAACUUAUAGGUGUUUUACGUAUUUAUUGAAAAAUUAUUCAAGAGCUUCCCCUUUAAUAGGCAAAGGAGCCUGAAAGACAGGAAGGUUACAGCAGGUGUCAUACCAGAUACAGAACAGAUCUCCCUUCUUCCUCUACAAUGCCGGAGUCCAGAUAGCAGUGUCUCUGUUUUCUUCCAUUACUCAGUGUGCCAUGUGACUGGAUACUGCAUGUUCAAUUCUAUGAGAACCUUGCUAAAUUCCAGCCCUGCUGUAAAGUUAUGCUUCAUUGUACAGCAAGACUUGGCUGUUGAUCGAUAUGACAACCCCAACUGGAUACAUAGGAUUAUAAAAAGCCAUGUUACUUUGUAAAUAUAAUGAAGUGCAUUUGGUCAUUAUCAUUUUUAAUGUCUUUCCCUCAAAAUUAUGAUAUUUGCAUCUAGAAACUGGAGCCAAUUCCAUUAAAUCAAUAUAAAUUUAUUCUUUCAGAGGCCUGCCUUAUCAAACUUCAAACUCUUCUUUAUUAUUUAAUGGUGUUUCUUGUAAUUUUGAUGCAAACAAGGCAAGUACUGUACUGUAUGAACAUUUUGGUAAAAUAGCUUUAAUCUGAUAAAUUUACUUUUUUUGCAUAUGGAAUACUCUAGUGGAAAUUGUUAAUAUUGUUAUUUUUUACAACAUACCUGAUUUUAAACACAUGACAAGUCUGGGAAUUUGAUUGAUACAUGAUUUUUUUCUUAAUAUCCAGUAUAUCAUAUGAUAAACAUUUGUAAAUAAACUAUAGAGAUCCAACUCAGUGGAAGAAAGUGAAACCACUCAGAUUAAGGAUACUUGACAGAUUUAAUUUCGUUCUUAUUGGAAAGACAUAUUAUUCCAAUUAUUCCGAUAUUCCGAUAUUUUUCUCAACUGUGAUUAGUCUAUGAAACAGAACAAAGUUAAUAAAGGAAACCUAAUUUAACCAAUAUGACCAAUAUUUAUGGAGAGGUGAGCUGAGAUGAAAUAUAUUGAAAACAGAAGGAAGUUAAGCCAUUCAGGUAAGUCUGAAAUGAAGUUUUAGCUUCACUGAUGACAAGUGAUGGUGGAAAUUUCCUUAACAGAGAUACGAUGUUCACUCUUUUUUGUAACCUCUGGUAAGUGUAAGAAAUUGUGAUUUUGUAAGUCUUUAGUUAUUUCUGUUCUUUAUGAUUCUGUGCCCCCCUCAAUGUAGUACAAUUUUGCUUUGAUUUGGUUAUCAGAAAACACCACAAGUAUUUUGUUCAAUAUCAAAUCCAUGCAGUAUGUAAAGCAAAUCUACAUUACCGUGUAUGUUUUGCUAUAAAAGUCUCAAUUUCAUCAAAAUGUUAGAUAUAUUUUGGAUUUUAUACAAGCAUUACACCUUUGUACAUUUUCUUUUUUAAUGUGAUGAUUGCAGAAAAAACAUAGCAUUUUAUUGCAAAAGAGUAUAUUAUUUCAUUGAUCUUCCUAUUCCUAAAAGUGUUUAUAAAUAUCCUUCUAUCAAGUCAUUCAAAACAUAUAUGGCAUAACUGGAAGUCACCUCCUCUGUUAUGUAUAUGCAGACAAUUCCUACAAGAAAGUAUUUACUGAAUUUUGUAAGACUGUCAAUAACUCUGCUGUACUUCAUGUUGGGAAGAAGCUGGAGCCUGGAUUGUUUUCAGUUUCUCAGUGUCACGUGUAUGUCUGUCUGUGUGUCCAUCUGCCCAUCCUUCUUACUAUCUAUAUAUGUAUACUUUAUGUAUUGGAUGUACUACUUUAGGGUGUUUACACUAUUACAUAUGUUCUAUUUUAAAUGAUUGGAAAUUGGCUAUUAUUGAGAAUGGCUUUGAAUAGUGUGCACUGAAGCAAAUAACACUGAUUUUCCAACAAAGAGCCAACAUUCCUAGAUCUGAAUUGUGUGUAUAUGUGUGUGUGUGUGUGUGUGCGCAUGUUCACAUGUGUGUGUGUGCAUUUCUGUAUAUACACACACACACACAUACAUGUAUGUAUGUCUGUAUAGUCUUUAAUUUCAUCCUUUUGGAAUAUUAAUACAGUACAAAAAAUUGUUUACUUCCCUCUAUAUGGCGCCAGUCCUGUGACAUAUAAUGGAUAACAAAAGAAUACAUUUGCACUUGAAUUCCUGGUAUAGAAAAGCUUAAGUUUCUAUAUAUAUGUAGUAUAUAUAAAUAAAAUGUCUCUUUGAUUGCAAUGUUUAUAUUUCAAUUUAGACGACAAGAUAUUUUAGACUUUGUUUUGUGAAGGAUGGUUGUUUACAGUUUUAUGUGUAAAGAAUCCAUAACGAUUAUGCUCUUUAAUAAAAUUGCAACCAAGAUACUGAAACUGUAUUUGGUUUGAAAA